UGAGUCAUACUACUACCUCAACGGAUAUAGGAGUUGUCCUGUGGUAGAGUGAGAGACAGUUCAGAGCGACGCAAAUGGGUGGCGUUGCCAUAGCAACAAGGCCGUUCCGUCUAAUCAAACCUUACACAGCAGCACUCGCUUAUCUCUCACUACACACCACAUCCAAACCUCCCUCUCUCCGCCCCAAUCCACCUCCCCCCUUCUCCUCCCGCCGCCGCCUCUUCUGCGCCGCAACUCUCCCCUCCGCCGACCACAAGGUUUCCAAAUUCCGCAAGAAGCUCAAAAUCGCCGACGUAAAAGCCGACGAUGACCUCACCUUGCUCGGCCAAACCCUCGUCCUCACCGGCUGGGUCCGCACUCUUCGUCCUCAAGCCACCGUCACAUUCCUUGAGAUUAACGAUGGAUCGUGCCUUUCUAACAUGCAAUGCGUGUUGGACCCUGAGGUUGAAGGUUAUGAUCAGGUAGGCUUGAUUACCACUGGUGCCUCUGUAUGGGUGCAAGGAGUUGUCGUGGAGAGCCAGGGAGCGAAACAGAAAGUGGAAUUGAAGGUUAAAAAGAUCGUGCUGGUUGGCAAGAGUGAUCCUUCCUUUCCCAUCCAAAAGAAAAGAGUUAGCAAUGAAUUCCUGAGAACAAAAGCACAUCUUCGUCCGAGGACAAAUACUUUUGGUGCAGUUGCAAGAGUAAGGAAUGCAUUGGCCUAUGCUACGCACAAGUUCUUCCAAGAAAAUGGGUUUGUAUGGGUCUCAAGUCCUAUUAUAACAGCUUCAGAUUGUGAGGGAGCGGGUGAACAGUUUUGCGUUACUACAUUGAUACCAAGUUCUCACGAAUCUGCUGAUUCUCCUAUUGAUGCUAUUCCAAAAAUAAAUGACAAAUUAAUUGACUGGUCACAAGACUUUUUUGGAAAACCAGCAUUCUUGACUGUUUCAGGUCAACUCAAUGCAGAAACUUAUGCUACUGCUCUUUCUGAUGUCUAUACAUUUGGUCCCACAUUCCGAGCCGAAAAUUCCAACACCUCUAGGCACUUGGCUGAAUUUUGGAUGAUUGAACCAGAGCUUGCAUUUGCUGAUCUAAAUGAUGACAUGGCUUGUGCGACUGCCUAUCUCCAGUUUGUAAUAAGAUAUAUUCUCGAUAACUGCAAGGAAGACAUGGAGUUUUUCAAUACAUGGACUGAUAAAGGAAUCAUUGAUCGCUUGAGUGAUGUAGCAGAUAAAGAUGUUUUGCAAAUAACGUACACCGAAGCAAUAGAUCUACUAUCUCAAGCAAAGAAGAAGUUCGAAUUCCCGGUGAAAUGGGGUUGUGACCUGCAGAGUGAGCAUGAGCGUUAUAUAACUGAGGAGGCAUUUGAUGGAUGCCCUGUUAUAAUCAGAGACUAUCCAAAGGAUAUUAAGGCAUUCUAUAUGCGACAGAAUGAUGAUGGAAAAACAGUUGCAGCUAUGGACAUGUUGGUUCCAAAGAUUGGUGAACUUAUUGGCGGAAGCCAAAGAGAAGAAAGGCUUGAACAUCUAGAAGCUCGUUUAGAUGAUUUAAAGCUGAAUAAGGAUGCAUAUUGGUGGUAUCUUGAUUUGCGUCGUUAUGGUACAGUACCUCAUGCGGGCUUUGGUUUGGGGUUUGAAAGACUCGUUCAGUUCGCAACAGGAAUGGACAAUAUAAGGGACGUGAGUCCUUUUCCUCGAGCACCUGGUUCAGCUGAGUUUUAGAUCUUGAAGAAAUAUGGAUUGAUCCACAUUCUUUUUUACUAUUCAAAAUGUCAAUUUUGGGCAAUCAAGUUUCCUUUUGUUUUGUUAAUUUCUUUUUUAAAAUUACGCUUAGGUCGAAAUGAUUGAGGCAACAUGGUGAAUUCUCCCACGUUAUGUACAGCAUGUGUAAAGACUUCAGUGUGCGAAAUUACGCAUUAAACUUUAUCGGAAGUUCAUGAUAUAUGAGAUAUUAAACAA